AUGUCACCUAAUAGGAACGAAAUACUCAAACGAUAUUCAGAAGACGAGGAUAUAUUUGGUGAUGCCGAGGGCAUAGAUUACAAUAACGUUGAAACACUUCGGAUGAACAUGAUUCCAAAACAACUGCAUGCACUGCUGCCUCUGUUUGCCUUGACGGGAAAUUCAUCAAUACCUGAAAGACGAAUAACACGAGAAACAUUAAGUGAAUAUAGUGAAGAAAAUGAAACGGAUCUUACUUCGGAACUUUCAGAUCAAGAUUUUGAUUGGGGUGAACUAAACAAGAAUGGUAGUGUCUUUCAAGAAAUGAACCAACGCUUGAUUGCUACAAAAGUUGCACAACAAAAAGAAGCAGAAAGAGAACAACGGGAGUUUGCUCAACGAAGAAAAGGUGAUUAUGAUCCUAACCAGACAUUAAAAUUAAAAGAUUUUAACAAGUUAACAAAUGAAAAUUUGAGUUUAUUUGAUCAAUUGGACAAUGAAAAGACAGUAAAUUAUGAAUACACUAGAGACGAUUUUGAAGAUUUUGAGGAUGGUUUUGCAAAUAAUUUUGAAGCAAAGUUGCGGGUACAACCUUCAAUGCCAACGUUAAGACAAAGUGCUCCUAAGUUGAAGAAAUAUAACUCAUAUGCAGAAUUCAAGUGUGACAACAGAGUCAGACUGAAGUUGGAACGUAUUCCUUCAUUUUACCAUAAACCCCAGACAAUACUGAAUAAUAAAGAUCAAGUGCUAAACAAAUACAAAGAGAACAAAACCUAUCAUCCCCAUCAUAAAAAAAUGGGUACUGUCAAGUGCUUGAAUAACGAUACAGAAAUCACCCUUGCAUAUCCUAGCAACAAUAAUAUGAAGUACAACGCUAAAAAGAACUGCUGGGAAGGAAAUGAGAUAGACUUGGUACGAUUCGAGAAACCUUCUUUAAUACCACACAAUGUAGCUAAGCUGUCAGCAAAAGAUGGCAAAAUGGUUUACGAUAAGGAGAAGUUGAAAUGGAUAAACACGGAAGCAGAUCAAGAGGAUGACAAUAUAUUUGAUGAUAUACCCGAUUUGGUGGAGAAUAAGUUACAAUCUCCUGUUAGAGGAGUCAGCCAAUUUACUCAACGAUCCAUGUCAAGUGCAGCUUCAAAUCGUGAACAGAAUACGUCUGUUCCAGAUUUUGGUUUAUCCAGCAAGAUCAUUGAGAAAUUCCAAAGGGAGGAAUUAAGAAUCGAAAGAAAAAUCAAUCAUUGGUUUAUUGGAUCAACAAAUGAAUUCAAUCGAGAUUACUAUUGGGAGAUUCGUAAUAUGGUCAUGGAUAAGUAA